AUGGAGGUACCAGUUAAGCAGAGCUGCUCGUGGACAUUGAAAGCUGUCCUUAACUGCAGAGAUAUUAUACAGAACUCACCGGUUUGGGACAACAUGCUAAGGGAUACUAAAUACAAGUCAAGAGCUAUGUAUGAGGAUCUUAAAGAUAGCAGUCAACAAGAUGUUGCGUGGCGUAAGAUGCUGUUUCACAACUUGGCUAGACCGAGAGCGGUGCAUAUUUUGUGGAGAGCGUGUCACAAUAGCUUGGCAACAAAAGAAAGAUUGUGCAGAUUUGGUAUGCUGGCCAAUAUGGAUUGUUGUUUCUGUGGUGCUGUAGAGUCUUUGCAGCAUUUGUUAUUUGAGUGUAAUGCCACGAAAGUGAUUUGGCAUGCAGUUUUAAAAUGGCUGCAGUUUCACCACUCACCUUUGGGCUGGAAGGAAGAACUAGUAUGGAUGCUGGAACAAAGCAACAGGAAAGGCUGGAGAUAUACUAUGCUCAAGUGUGCUUUCACAGAAGCAGUUUAUGAGAUAUGGUGCCAUCGCAACAGAGUGUGCUUGGAAAACGAAGAUAGACAUAAUAGUGAUAGUAUAGUUUUUAAAAUUAUUGACAAUGUGAUUUACAGAUGUUGGUCUAAGGUGCAGCUUAGACAACAUAUUGGAAAGCUUAUGCUGCCAUAG